AUGAAUGUUUUAUAUCAAAGCAUAGUGAUCCUCUUCUGGGUAGAGCAAGGAUUGGCAUUAUUUCCAGAUUGUACUAAUGGCCCAAUGAAGAACAAUGCCAUUUGUGAUACAUCAGCCUCACCUAGCGAUAGAGCACGCGCUCUAGUAGCUGCAUAUACACUCGAGGAGAAGAUCAAUGCUACCGGAAGUGCUGCGCCAGGAGUUCCACGCCUUGGAAUACCACCAUACGAAUGGUGGUCUGAAGGUCUUCAUGGCAUCGCUGGUCCAUUCACCAACUUCUCUGAUGAAGAUGAUUAUAGCUACUCAAUGUCAUUCCCCCAGCCUAUCACCAUGGGUGCAGCAUUUGAUAAUCAGCUUAUCACGGAUGUUGCGACUGUGAUUUCGACUGAAGCUCGUGCAUUCAAUAAUGCGAAUCGAACUGGACUGGACUUUUGGACCCCGAAUAUCAACCCAUUCAAAGAUCCACGGUGGGGGUGGGGACAAGAAACGCCCGGGGAGGACCCAUUUCAUCUGUCAUCCUACGUUCACGCUUUGAUUACCAGCCUGCAAGGUUCUGCUUCUGACCCUUACAAGCGUGUCGUAGCUACCUGCAAGCACUAUGCCGGUUACGAUGUUGAGAGCUGGAAUGGUAAUUACCGGUACCAAUUCAACGCCCAGAUAUCCCAGCAAGACCUAGUCGAAUACUAUCCGCCACCAUUCCAGAGCUGUGUACGUGACUCUAAUGUCGGCGCUUUCGUGUGUUCAUACAGUGCUGUAAAUGGCGUCCCGACUUGCGCAGAUCCAUAUCCUCUCCAGACUAUACUACGAGAGCACUGGGGCUGGACAAAUGAGGAGCAAUGGGUGACUAGCGAUUGCGAUGCUGUUCAAAAUGUCUACCUACCCCAUCAGUGGGCCUCGAGUCGCGAGGAAGCUGCUGCUGAUGCGCUUAUUGCCGGGACAGACAUCAAUUGUGGCACAUACAUGCCAAACCAUCUUCCUGGGGCCUUCUCACAAGAUCUUGUCAAUGAGACUGUUCUCGACCAAGCUCUCGUCCGUCAAUAUUCUUCCCUCGUACGCCUCAGAUACUUCGAUCCACCCGAGAAUCAGCCUUACCGCCAGCUUGAUUUCAGUGACGUAGCGACUAAUGCUUCACAAAAGCUAGCGUACAGAGCUGCUGUUGAGGGCAUUGUGCUUCUAAAGAACGAUGACUUACUCCCUCUAUCGCUCGACUCGUCCUCUUCCCUCGGCCUCUUUGGCGACUGGGCAAACGCAACCAUGCAACUCCUCGGCAACUACUACGGCGUUGCGACGUACAUGCACAGUCCUGGUAGUCAGGGUGACCCAACCACCAACUCGUGGCUUUCUGUCUGGCCUGCUGCAGCUGCCAGUGAUUUCAUUAUUUACAUUGGUGGAAUAGACAACAGCGUCGAAUCUGAAGGUAUGGAUAGAGUUUCUUUGGCUUGGACGGGCGCUCAAUUAGAUGUGAUCGGCCAGCUCGCUAGUCUUGGAAAGCCCACGAUCAUAGUGCAGAUGGGUGGCGGGCAGAUCGAUUCUUCACCUAUUAUCAACAACCCCAAUAUAUCUGCCUUACUUUGGGCAGGUUAUCCAGGCCAAGACGGCGGCGUCGCAAUAAUGGAUAUUAUCGCUGGGAAGGCCGCACCCGCUGGCCGACUCCCGUUGACACAAUACCAAGCAUCUUACAUAAACGAAGUCUCCAUGACGGACAUGUCGCUCCGUCCUGGGCCAAAAAAUCCCGGUAGAACGUAUAAGUGGUAUAACGGGACCGCAAUCUUCGAAUACGGGUUUGGAAUGCACUACCCAAACUUCACUGCCGACGUCACCUCUCCACUCCAGCAAUCCUACGACAUAUCAAGUUUAAUGUCAGCAUGUAACAAAAGCAACAUCACAUACCCUGAUCGCUGUCCAUUCGCCUCCUCGCCCAUCCAAGUUGAAGUCACGAACACAGGAAAUACGACAUCGGACUAUGUUACACUCGCUUAUAUAUCUGGAUCUUUUGGACCGGAACCAUAUCCUAAUAAAGCACUCGUAGCAUAUCAACGCUUGUUUUCGAUAUCCGGAGGUUCGUCUAGCACGGCGAAUUUGAACCUAACGCUUGGGUCUUUGGCAAGAGUUGAUGAAAGUGGGAAUAUGGUGCUGUAUCCUGGGGAUUACACAAUUCUGAUUGAUAAUCAUCCCCUGGCGUCUGUUGACUUUACGUUGACAGGAGAGCAAGCGGUGUUAGAUAAGUGGCCGCAGCCGCCGGUGAAUAGGAUGGGGAAGGGAGUGAGUGGAUUUGAAGGGUAUUUUGUUGGGGGGUAUGGGAGCGAGCAGAGUCCUAUGCGGGCUGCAUGA